GUUAGCCUCAUUCUCUCUAAGCUGCUCCUGACGUCUCUGCGCCUAGUCCCCCAUCUCUUGCUCAAUCUCUAGCCAGGAUCUAGCAGAUCAUCUUGACCCAGGCAUGGCGGAUAAGGCAGUUACCAUUCGUACCAGAAAGUUCAUGACAAACCGCCUUCUUUCCAGGAAACAAUUUGUCAUUGAUGUUCUUCAUCCAGGGAGGGCUAAUGUUUCAAAGGCCGAGCUUAAGGAGAAGUUGGCCAGAUUGUACGAAGUUAAGGACCCCAACUCAAUUUUUGUCUUCAAGUUUCGGACUCAUUUUGGAGGUGGUAAAUCUACCGGGUUUGGUUUGAUUUAUGAUUCUGUUGAUAGCGCAAAGAAGUAUGAGCUUAAGUACAGGCUUAUCAGGAAUGGUCUUGACACCAAGGUAGAGAAGUCCCGGAAGCAGAUGAAGGAAAGGAAGAACAGGGCCAAGAAAGUCCGAGGUGUAAAGAAGACCAAGGCCUCAGAUGCUGCUAAGAAGAAGUGAGUUUCUGGGAUUAUAUGCUAGUCAAGAAGGCAAUUUUCUCCCAUGGAGUUGCUCUAAUAGUAGUUUUGUUUAGUUUUUGAAAUUAAAUCUAUUGUUGUUGUGGAUUUUGGUGGCUCUAUGUUUUAGUUAUAUUGUCAGGAUUUGAGAAGUCUUCAGAAUAUAUUUUUGAUGAAUUGAGUAGUAAUGCAUUUCUGUUUUCCUUCAUUGUUAACAA